UUCACAGUAACCAUUUUCAUCUCCUAUAAAUGAAUGCAUAUGCCAACAUAUUAACCCACACCAAAACAAAGAGCAUACAUUGUCUAAUCCUUAAUCAUCAUCAUGGGUGUUUUCACUUCAGAAAGCGAUUAUGUUUCUUCAGUCCCCAUUGGAAUACUAUACAAAGCCAUUGUGGAAGAUGGAAACAUCGUCUACCAAAAAGCUUUACCACAAUUCAUCGAGAGAGCUGAAACUCUCGAAGGAGAUGGAGGUCCUGGAACCAUCAAGAAGAUUACUUUUGUGGGAGGUCUUGGGUCUACUAAGCAGCAUGUAGAUGUGGUAGACAAAGAAAACUAUGUGUACAGUUAUAGUGUAUAUGAAGGUAUUGCUUUGUCGGAUCAACCUCUAGAGAAAAUAUGUUUUGAAUACAAAUUUGUUCCAACCUCUGAGGGAGGGUGCAUUGUGAAAUCAACAACUAAGUAUUAUAGUAAAGGUGAUGCUGAAGUUAGUGAAGAAUAUUUGGAAGGUGGAAUUCAGAGAUCUGAUGGUUUCACCAAGGCUAUUGAGGGUAUUCUCUUGGCUAAUCCUGAUUACGACAAAGAUUGUUAAUUGAUGAGAUCCGUUUAUCUGUUUCUCUGUUGUCUUUUCUGUGUUUGUUGUGUUGCUUUAUGUUCCAAUAGUUAAAUAAUAAUCAUUUCAAAUGUGCAUUGUGAAAAAGAGUUUGUAAGAGCUUAUUCAUAAGUUGUUUGUAUACCUCUUAAUAAUAAUUUCUUUAUGCUUCUGUA